AUGCUGUGUACAUUACGGUGUGCCUUGGCUAAGGGGAGACUGGCUGCAACAGCCACAUCUGCAUGGAGUGACCUGACAAGAGGUGUGCAGGCUAAAGCAGCAUUUGCAACAGGCCCACGUCAACAUGACACCACUUUUAUAUGAAUUUCGCACUUACACUAUCAAGCCUUCAAUGAUGGCCGAAUUCACAAAGCUUACAAAUGAGAACUUUCAUAUACGCAUGGCACGUUCAGAGAUGAUUGGCUACUGGACAUAUGAAUUAGGUGGUCUGAAUAAGGUGCUUCAUAUAUGGAAAUAUGACAGCUUUACACAUCGGUCAGCAGUACGGUCCAAGCUACCUCAAGACAAAGAGUGGCAAGAAAAAUACAUAUGCAAAGUACUGCCCAUGAUCGAAAAGCAAGACAUUGAGGUUGCUUACUUGGUACCCUGGUGUAAAUUGCAGAAGCCAGAGAAGGAAGGUGUUUAUGAAUUGGUUUCUUAUCAGUUUAAGCCUGGUGGACCAGCUGUCUGGGGUGAGGCAUUUAAAGCUGCCAUCUCUACUCAUGUUCACAAUGCCUACGCAAAACUUGUUGGCAUUUUCAACACUGAAUAUGGAUUACUCAACCAAGUCCAUGUCCUGUGGUGGAAUGAGAAUGCUGACAGCCGAGCUGCAGGAAGGCAUUUGGCUCAUGAGGAUGCCAGGGUGGUUGCUGCAGUGAGAGAGAGUGUGAGAUUUCUUGACUCACAGAGAAAUGUACUCCUGAUUCCUUCACCAUUUUCACCAUUUAAAUAA